UUUUCUAUUUUUUAUUAUUUAUUAAUUUUAAAAAAUACUUACAACAAUCUUAUUAUUACUAAAAAUAAAAUAAAAAAAAAUAUGGGGCUUACGAGGUAAGUGCCUUAUUUUGCACAUGGACUUAGCUAAAUUUGUGUCCCAGAUCAGAAGAAUAUGAAAUGGAGAGAAAGGGGGAUUCAUUAUUCCUUUGCUUAUAACAAAAUCCCAUUUCCAAUUUUAUUCAAAUAUUCCCUAUUUGCUUUGAUUUAUUCAUUAUUCGUUAUGAAAUAGAUAUUUUUAUAUAUAUUUUUUGUUAUUUACGUAGAAAGUUGUAGACGUUUCAAUUUUUAGCUCAAUUUUGGGGGUUUGGGUGGUGUUGAGAAAGAAAACCCAUUUGCAUUGGUCUUAAAAGAGACCAUUAACGUUAAGAUCCUAAAGAAAUAUUCUGUUUUGGUGGAUCUGAUUGUUGAAAAUUGCAAAUUUGGACUGUUUAAGCAUUACCCAGGUUGCGAAAAUCGUUAAAUUGGUAUUUGUGGUGGAUCUGAUGGUGAAAAAGAGCAUUUCUUGAUUGUUUAACAAUUGCCCAGAAGAAGAAUCAAGGGAGACAUAGUGGUUUUUUGUUAGGGCUAUUUAGCUUCUUUUGGAGUUGUGGUGAAUUGGGAUAGGGGUGGUGAUUGGAGUAGAGAAAUUAGUUGUGGUGGAGAAGGGAGGAAGAUGCAGCUGCACUUCUCUCCUAGCAUGAGAAGUAUAACAAUAUCAAACAGCAAUGGAGGGGUAGGUGAUUUGAUGAAGAUCAAAGUUGCGUCUCGCCAAUUCUCUUACCGAACACUCUUUCACACUAUACUUAUCCUAGCUUUCUUGCUGCCGUUUAUCUUCAUUCUCACUGCUCUUGUUACCCUUGAAGGUGUCAACAAGUGCUCCUCAUUUGAUUGUUUAGGCAGAAGAUUGGGACCAAAGCUCCUUGGGCGAUCUGAUGGUUCAGGGAAGCUUGUUAAGGAUUUUGUUAAGAUCCUCAAUCAAGUGAACUCUGAGGAAGUGCCUGCUGGCUUGAAGCUCCCAGAGUCAUAUAGUCAACUGGUUUCUGAAAUAAAAAACAAUAAGCACAGCACAAAAGAAUUUGCUUUUAUGUUGAAGGGAAUGAUGGAGAGAUCUGAAAGGGAGAUCAGGGAGGCAAAAUUUGCAGAGUUGACAAAUAAACAUUUUGCUGCAAGUGCAGUUCCAAAAGGCAUUCACUGUCUUUCACUACGAUUGACAGAUGAAUACUCGAGCAAUGCUCAUGCACGCAAACAGCUGCCUUCACCAGAACUACUCCCUUUGCUUUCCGACAACUCAUUGCACCAUUUUGUACUAUCGACUGAUAACAUCCUAGCUGCAUCAGUUGUCGUCAAUUCUGCCGUGCAGUCAUCUCUGAAGCCUGAAAAGAUUGUUUUCCAUGUCAUCACUGAUAAGAAAACAUAUGCAGGCAUGCAUUCAUGGUUUGCACUGAAUCCCGUCUCUCCUGCUAUUGUGGAAGUUAAAGGUAUUCAUCAGUUUGACUGGUUGACAAGAGAAAAUGUUCCAGUGCUUGAAGCAGUUGAGAGCCAUUAUGGGAUUCGAAAAUAUUACCAUGGAAAUCAUAUUGCAGGUGCCAAUCUCAGUGAUAUUACUCCACGCUCUUUUGCCUCAAAAUUGCAGGCUAGAAGUCCAAAAUACAUAUCCUUGCUAAAUCAUAUCCGCAUAUAUUUGCCAGAGCUCUUUCCAAACCUUGAUAAAAUGGUUUUCUUAGACGACGAUGUUGUCAUUCAGCGUGACCUAUCACCCUUGUGGGACAUAGACCUGAAUGGUAAGGUGAAUGGAGCUGUUGAGACCUGCAAAGGUGAAGAUAAGUGGGUGAUGUCUAAGCGAUUCAGAAAUUACUUCAAUUUUUCUCAUCCUCUGAUAGCAAAGAAUUUGAACCCCGACGAGUGUGCAUGGGCUUAUGGGAUGAAUAUCUUUGAUUUGCGUGCAUGGAGAAAGACAAAUAUAAGAGAUAGUUAUCAUGCAUGGCUUAAAGAGAAUCUGAAGUCAAACUUGACAAUGUGGAAACUUGGAACACUGCCUCCUGCUUUGAUUGCAUUCAAAGGUCAUGUUCAUCCUAUUGACUCAUCAUGGCACAUGCUUGGCUUGGGCUAUCAGAAUAAGACCAAAGUUGAGAAUGUGAAGAAGGCUGCUGUAAUUCAUUACAAUGGACAAUCAAAGCCUUGGCUUGAAAUAGGCUUUGAGCAUCUCCGUCCUUUUUGGACCAAGUAUGUUAACAACACCAAUGAUUUUGUUAGGAAUUGCCACAUAUUGGAGUAGUUAAUGUGUUAUGCAGCAAGGAAAACAGAGAAAUCCAAAUGGUACAGGCUUUGCUGAAUAUUUGCGGGGGAACUUAAAAUCAAUUUGAGAAGGAGAUUCUAAUACUCAGCAGAAUUGGUUGGAUUCAGAUAUGGGAUGUGCUGGUUUGACUCACUUCUAUGAAGAGCACCUGCAACACUAGCAUGGAUAUGAGAUUCAUUCUUCGCAUCUGUAAAAUAAAAAUUCGUCUCCUAGUUUGUUGAUGUCACCAAGUACAUUAUAUUUGCACUUUAGCUGGAUGUAGCAUUGAUUAGGAGGCAAUAUUGGGGCAUGUCAUAAAAUGUGCACCGUACUAUCAUCAGUGAUACAAAUUGGGACAUCUGAGAAGAAAAAAACUAGGUUGGUGGCGCUUUUGGCUACUCCUUUAGCCCCAUUAGAGGUUGAGAUGAUUCUUUUAACUUAUUUCAUUUUUCCCUUGACAGUUUUAUUGCCAUCACCUUUUUUUUCUUGAUUAAAUCAAUGUCUUGUCAUUUUAGACUCUAGAUUAUAGAAGAUUUUUAAGUCCCUAGUUGAUGAACUGUGUAGGUUAUACAUAACGGUACUUUUUGUAUGAUUGAGACUUGAGAGAGAUUAUAGACAAGAUCAGAAAAUUCUUUUUAUCAAGUUCUCCAC